GCAGUAGUAGUAGUAUCAGCGUUUCUCAUAGCUGCCCGUUGAGUUCAGUUCAGUUGAAAAUUUCUUCUUCAGAGUACUACAGUACUAUUGCUUCUACACUGCUGGUGCUGUAUAGUUGAAUAUCUGUUCUUCUUCGGUCUUUGGAUUGUGUGUGCGCGAUUGUGUUUUGUGUGUGGUAUAAAUCUAUUUUGUUAUUUGCAAAAAUUUUCUGGGUGCAAAGUGUAUAGUGAGUGGCGACGACAACUACCACGGUUGUUUAAAAGACUCAUACAAUUCUUCUCGAGGCCCAACAGCAACAACCAUAGCAUAGAGGAAGUACGAAAAGCUUAAGAAGCCCCCCUCAGUCAAUCGUCAUACCAUAUCAAAUUUAAAAUUUCAAUAAAUUAGUCGAAGAAAAAGGUCUAUCAAGGCAAAAAAAAACUGUUAAUCUUCUUCAAUCUAAAAAACAACAGAUCAUAAUGGCAGGUGAACGUCCAAAACGCCCAUUGUCUGGCUACAUGUUGUGGCUCAAUGAACAUCGUGAACAAAUUAAAAAAGAAAAUCCAGGAAGCAAAGUUACAGAAAUCGCCAAAAGAGGUGGUGAAAUGUGGAGAGCCAUUAAGGAUAAAAGUGAGUGGGAACAGAAGGCACUUAAAAUGAAGGAAGAAUAUAAUAAGGCCGUCAAGGAGUAUGAGGCCAAUGGCGGCACUGACACCGGCGCUGGCAAGAAACGCAAGAGCAAGGCUGCAAAGCCCGCCAAGAAGGCCAAGAAGAAAGAUACCUCCGAGGAAGAGGAAGAAGAGGAGAGCGAGUAAA